CCGGAAGCUUUUGCUUUCUUUAACGCAAGGGCUCGGGACGCAGCCGCCGUCGGCCGAGCGCCCGGCGAGGAGCGACCCCAGGCAGAGCCUUCGGAGUCCCUCCUCCGCACCCCCCCCCCACCCCGCGCCUGGUCUGGGAGCCUCAGUCCUCCUCGCCGCCCUCCUCGUGGCCAUGGAGUGUCCGCACCUGAGCUCCAGCGUCUGCAUCGCCCCGGACUCAGCCAAGUUCCCCAACGGCUCCCCGUCGUCCUGGUGCUGCAGCGUGUGCCGGUCCAACAAAAGCCCCUGGGUCUGUUUGACUUGUUCAAGUGUCCACUGUGGAAGGUAUGUGAAUGGCCAUGCAAAAAAACAUUAUGAAGAUGCACAAAUACCCUUAACCAACCAUAAGAAAUCAGAAAAGCAAGAAAAAGCUCAGCACACAGUGUGUAUGGAUUGCAGUAGCUACAGUACAUACUGUUAUCGCUGUGAUGAUUUUGUGAUUAAUGACACCAAGCUGGGACUGGUACAGAAAGUCAGAGAACACUUACAGAACUUGGAAAACUCAGCUUUCACAGCUGACCGGCAUAGGAAAAGAAAACUUUUGGAAAAUUCAUCACUGAACAGCAAGUUACUAAAAGUAAAUGGAAGCACCACUGCCAUUUGUGCUACAGGCCUUCGGAAUUUGGGGAACACGUGUUUCAUGAACGCCAUCCUUCAGUCACUCAGUAACAUUGAGCAGUUUUGCUGUUAUUUCAAAGAGCUGCCUGCUGUGGAGUUAAGGAAUGGGAAGACAGCAGGAAGGCGAACGUACCAUACCAGGAGCCAGGGGGACAACAACGUGUCUUUGGUGGAAGAGUUUAGGAAGACACUCUGUGCAUUAUGGCAAGGUAGCCAGACUGCAUUUAGCCCAGAGUCUUUAUUUUAUGUUAUUUGGAAGAUUAUGCCGAAUUUUAGGGGCUAUCAGCAGCAGGACGCUCAUGAGUUCAUGCGCUACCUGUUAGACCACCUGCACUUGGAACUCCAGGGUGGUUUCAACGGUAUUUCCCGCUCAUCAGUUCUGCAAGAGAAUUCUACUCUGUCUGCAAGUAACAAAUGUUGCAUAAAUGGAGCAUCUACAGUUGUCACGGCUAUAUUCGGAGGCAUUCUCCAAAAUGAGGUUAACUGCCUCAUAUGUGGGACAGAAUCUAGAAAGUUUGAUCCAUUCCUAGACCUUUCAUUAGAUAUUCCAAGUCAGUUCAGAAAUAAGCGCUCUAAGAAUCAAGAAAAUGGACCAGUUUGUUCAUUACGAGAUUGUCUUCGCAGUUUUACCGACUUAGAAGAACUUGAUGAGACAGAGUUAUAUAUGUGCCACAAGUGCAAGAAGAAACAAAAGUCCACCAAAAAGUUUUGGAUUCAGAAACUACCCAAGGUGCUAUGCUUACAUUUGAAAAGAUUUCAUUGGACAGCAUAUUUAAGAAACAAAGUUGAUACAUAUGUAGAAUUUCCCCUGAGAGGCCUAGACAUGAAAUGCUACUUACUAGAGCCUGAGAACAGUGGCCCGGAGAACUGCCUCUAUGACCUUGCUGCUGUGGUGGUGCACCAUGGUUCCGGGGUCGGUUCUGGACAUUACACAGCAUAUGCAACUCACGAAGGCCGCUGGUUCCAUUUCAAUGACAGUACUGUAACACUGACUGAUGAAGACACCGUCGUGAAGGCCAAGGCCUACAUCCUUUUUUAUGUGGAACGCCAGGCCAAAGCUGGGUCGGAUAAACUUUAAUACCUCCUCCAAAUCAUUAUUCGUCAACUAUACCGGACAAACAUUUCCAAUUUUCCAUAAAUACUUGAUCCAAGAUUUAAUUUCA